AUUCGAAUUGCAAAUCACUGGAGAAAAAGAACUGCACGCAAUUUCGCAUUUUCAUUUUUCUUCAUUAGAAUCCGCGCUAACGCGUGCUACAAAUUACAAUCUCAAUUUUUCUCUCUCGCCAAAAUCAUCUCUCUAUAAUCUGUACAGCGACGAUCUACGCGCUAUCUGUUCCCCGAACGCCGGGAAAAAUGGAGGCGGCGGCGGCGGUGUUGAAGGUGGAGGAGUUGACAUCCGGAGCGAGUGGCCGUAUAAUUCCGGUUUUCCGGAACAUCCGUCAGUCAGUCCUCUCCUACGACUCCUUCCGUAGAACUUUCCUUCUAAUUUAUUCCUUCUUCGUCUGGAUCCUGCUGGUCCUCCCUCGCCGCCGCCGAUUAUCGUCAGCUGCUGCCUCACCUCCCUCGUCCCCUACAGCGGCGCCGCCUUCGGUGAAGCGCCGGAAUUUCGUCAUCCGGAGAGACGAAGAGGACACCAUGAGGCGCAGGGCCCUGGCGGAGGCGAUUGAGAUGGUGGUGGACGGCGUCAGCGGCAGCCAGUGCACUACGUUCUUGUUUUACGGUGUAAGGCGGAAUGCUCUCUUUUGCCGAUCGUGGUUUCCUGUCUCCGGCGAAAUCAAGGGUAUUCUGAUUAUCAUCCAUGGACUUAACGAACAUAGUGGACGCUAUGCUGAAUUUGCUAAACAGUUGGUCUCCUGUGAAUUUGGGGUCUAUGGAAUGGACUGGAUAGGCCAUGGAGGAAGUGAUGGAUUGCACGGAUAUGUUCCUUCACUGGAUCAUGUUGUUGCAGACACUGCUUCAUUCUUGGAAAAGGUGAAGUUAGACAACCCAGGCGUACCGUGCUUCUUGUUUGGUCAUUCAACUGGAGGGGCAGUGGUUUUGAAAGCUGCAUCAUAUCCCCAUAUAGAAGAAAUGUUGGAGGGGAUCAUAUUGACGUCACCUGCUUUACGUGUCAAGCCUGCGCAUCCGAUUGUUGGUGCUGUAGCACCGCUAUUCUCCUUGGUGGUUCCAAGGUUCCAAUUCAAAGGCGCCAACAAAAGGGGAAUUCCAGUUUCCCGGGACCCAGCAGCUCUUUUUGCCAAAUACUCGGACCCUUUAGUCUACACUGGGCCCAUUAGAGUUCGUACUGGACAUGAGAUUCUACGCAUCUCUUCAUACCUAAUGCGCAAUUUCCAGUCUAUCACAGUACCAUUCUUUGUCCUGCAUGGGACAGCUGAUAGAGUUACUGAUCCAAUUGCCUCUCAGGACUUGUACAAUAUAGCACCUUCCAAGUAUAAGGACAUUAGACUCUAUGAAGGCUUUCUGCACGACCUUCUUUUUGAGCCCGAACGUGAAGAGAUUGCUCGGGAUAUCAUUGACUGGAUGGAAAAGCGACUGAGCAUGCUAGGUCAUGAGAGUUAUUGGUGAGAUGAUAAUAAUGAUGUCUUCUUGUUGAAUGUGGUAUUGAGACUCUUAAGAUUUUCGGUGAUUUUUAGCUGAAGAUGAGAUAUUUAGGUGCAAUGUGAUGGCAAUUGAAUAUGUAUAUAAUGGUGAUGUCAACAUAUUAUAUUUGUGAUUGGAGAAACCAGAACCAUCUUUAAUGAUCAUUACUUAUUAGACCCUUUUGUUAUCUGCUGUGUUCGUUCGUGUUCUUUAGUCUUCUUACUGAAUGUGGUGUUGAGACUUAAGAUUUUCGACGAUUUUGAGCUGAAGAUGGAAUAUGUAGGUGCAAUGUGAUGACAAUUGAAUAUGUAUAUAAUGGUGAUG